AGUUUCUCUUCUCGGGUCAAAAGUCUUAGGUCAAAAAAGUAACUCUUUUUUGAUAUAUAGAUCAAAACCAUUUCUUGGUAAGAGAAAUUAUAUUAUCUUUGUACAAAGAUUUCAUCAAUGUCAUAGAUAUGGAGUCCAUUCUCGUGCUUCUUCUGAUCUUUGUGGCAGUUUCAGCAGCACCCUCUCCCUCUCCUUCUGCCACCAUUUCCCCUACCAACAAUUCGACAUGCCCAGUGGCAAUGAAUUAUGUGCAAACAGUCCCUUGGAACAUCUCUGCCUGCCAUAACUUCCAACCCUUGUCAUUCCAAAACCAAACACUCACAACCCCGUGUUGCCAAACUCUCCUAUCCCUCUUUGGCAUAGCACUUGCAAAAAACCUCAAAAAGCACUCUCUUUUCCAACUCCCCAACCUGCCCACCUCCAUAUCAUGCCUCCAAGACUUCCAAUCCAACCUCACAUCCCUCUCACUCCCCAACAACCUUGUCUCCUCAUGCUUUGAUCCACUCCAAUUUGUCAUCACCCCCAACAUAUGUGCUCACAUUCAAAACAUACAAGAUUGGCUCACCCUCCUUGGUCCCACACCACAGCUCAACACUGCAUGCAAACCAGAUCUCACUGACACUAACCAAUGCAACAUGUGUGUGGCAGAAGGGUACAAGGUUCAGCAGAAGCUCAGUGCCAUUGAUGGUAAUGAUUCACAUUCCCAAGAUUGUUUCUACUUCACAGCACUUUACAUGGCUGGAGUUGUCAAUGAGUUUGGCCCUGAAAGCAAAGGUGCUUUGUCUUGCAUUUUGAUUUUGCUGGUCAAUUCACAAGUUGAUUCAAAGAAUGGCCAUCAUGGUCUUGUAUUUGGUUUGAUUAUAGCUUCACUUGCAUUCCUGGUGAUCAUGUUGUUAGGAUUAGGGUUUUAUUUUUGGUACACCAAGAGAAAAAGUGUUGAAAAUUUGCUAGCCUAUGGUAAUCUACAGGAACAAGGGUUCAGCCUAAGACUGAGACCUAAUGCAGUGUUGACUUGGUUUGAAUUUGAGGACCUUGUGAGGGCCACCAACAAUUUUUCUCCUCAGAACUUCAUUGGAAGAGGUGGGUUUGGGUCGGUUUACAAGGGCAUUCUACCUGAUGGCACUACGGUUGCAGUGAAAAAGCUUGAAGAAUCUGAUUCUCAAGGAGAUGCUUUAUUCUACAGUGAGGUGGAGAUUGUUAGCAACUUGAAGCACCGUAAUUUAGUGCCACUGAGAGGGUGUUGUGUGGUUGAUGAAGUGGAUGAGAAUCACAUUCUUGAGUACAGAAGAAGGUAUCUUGUUCAUGAUUAUAUGCCAAAUGGUAGCCUUGAAGACCAUCUCUUUCCAACCAAAUUGGACAAUCAGAAUACAAAGAAAUCCCUGACUUGGCCUCAAAGAAAAAGCAUAAUCUUGGAUGUGGCAAAUGCAUUGGUGUAUUUGCACUUCGGAGUUAAACCUGCAGUUUAUCACAGAGAUAUCAAAGCCACCAAUAUACUACUUGAUGCAGAUAUGAGGGCAAGGGUUGGAGAUUUCGGGCUAGCAAAACGGAACAGUGAAAGUAGGUCUCAUCAAAAUACUAGAGUAGCCGGAACUCGUGGAUAUGUAGCACCUGAGUAUGCACUUUAUGGUCAACUAACUGAGAAGAGUGAUGUUUAUAGCUUUGGUGUAGUUAUUCUGGAGAUAAUGUGUGGAAGGAAAGCCCUUGAGGUGUCUUCAUCAGGGGCACCGAUUUUUUUGAUCACAGAUUGGGUUUGGUCAUUGAUGAAAUCGGGAAACUUAGGAGAGGCCUUGGAUACUUUUAUGUUGGGAGAUGGAAAGUCUGCUAGAAACAUAAUGGAGAGGUUUUUGCUGGUUGGAAUUCUUUCUUCUCAUGUAAUGGUUGCUUCAAGGCCAACAAUUUUGAAUGCUUUGAAGAUGCUAGAAGGUGAUAUUGAAGUGCCACCAAUUCCAGAUAGGCCAGUGACUCAUGGGCAUUAUGUGAUGUACAGUGGUGAUUGCUCUGGGAUGAGCUCAGGGUUUGUAAGCUCAUGAGAAGUUAAAUGUUUUAGAAUCUAUCCUUGAUGAGUUGGACAAGAUACCAAGAUAUGAAAUGCAAGAUACCAAGAUGUCACGUCCUUUGAAACAAGAGUGCACCUCUUGUUGGCAUGUCUUGCCCUGUGAGAUAUUUAUAACAGAUAUUUGCCUGAAGGAGAUUAAGAAAACAAACUUAUUGAAGAUUUUAGAUUUUAGAUAACUUAUUUUAUUUUUCCUUCAUAUUUUUCUUGAAAGUGUUUCUGGAGAAAUUUACUCAAACAAACCCAUAAUUUUUGUCAGAGUUUGGCUUUGAGGAUUAGAAGGAUUGCGGAAGUGCAAAAGGAGUCCAUGGCUGUUGAGAGUUAGUUAAUUCAAUUACUAGUGCAAUUUGUAAUGACUUGGUUUUUCUGUUGUAUAAAUAGCUUGUUGUCUUCAAUGAAUUAAUGAGUUUCUCUUUCACCAUUUAUCA